AUGGGUAUCACUCGAGACUCCCGUCACAAGCGAUCGGCCUCCGGUGCCCGCCGAGCAUACUACCGCAAGAAGCGUGCUUUCGAGCUCGGACGACAGGCUUCCAACACCAGGAUCGGACCCAAGCGAGUGCACAGCACCCGUGUCCGUGGUGGUAACAUCAAGUACCGUGCUCUCCGUCUGGAGACUGGUAACUUCUCUUGGGGAUCCGAGAACAUCACUGCCAAGACUCGUAUCCUGGGUGUCGUCUACAAUGCUUCGAACAACGAGCUGGUCCGAACCAACACCCUGGUGAAGAACUCCAUCAUCCAGGUCGACGCUACCCCUUUCCGUCAGUCGUACGAGAAGCACUACGGUAAGCCCGUCACCACCAAGAGGCGAGCUGCUGGUCAGGGAGCAGAGGAGGCCAACGAGGACCCAGCAAAGAAGUCUGCUCACGUUCAGCGCAAGAUGGAGGGACGAGUUGCCGACUCCAAGAUUGACCCUCUGGUCGAGCAGCAAUUCGGUGCCGGUAGACUCUACGCCGCCAUCUCUUCCCGACCUGGCCAGUCUGGCCGUGCUGACGGUUACAUCCUCGAGGGAUCUGAGCUGGAGUUCUACGUCAGGCGUCUGCGUGCCCGUCACGCUGGAAAGCAGGCUUAG